AUGGUCCGUGGAAGGAAGCCAGCUGAGCGUGCUCCUAAGAUGGCCUCUGGAGUUACGGCGGGUACCGGUGCAGCCAACUCUGCUCACAAACAAAUCCCACUCCUUUGCACUGUUUGCCCCGACGCCCCUCGCUUCUCCGAUGUGUCGCAUUUGCUCACCCACAUUGCGUCCAAAGGCCAUCUUCACCACGAAACUCAGACGAAACUCAAAGCGCAUCAAGACAUUGCCGCUUCUGUUGCUCUUCGGCAAUAUGAAGUAUGGUACUCACAGAACGGCAUUGAAACACUGCUUGUGGAGAGGAUGAAAGCAAAGCAGGUUAAAGAAGCAGCGCGAACAAGGAGAAAUCGAGUUCUUGCUUCAGUACCUCCAGCAAAGCAGGUCAAGAGACAACCUAAGCGAAGCCUCAGUAGUAACACAGCCGUCAAGAUUGAAGAGGAAGACCAGGGACCCGAUUUUCCAAUCUACCCUGACCCGUUGAAUUCCGACAAUGAAGCAGAAGAGCCAGAAGAAUACCCGAUGGGUGCUGACAUGAUGUCUCUCAAGGGGCAGAUUUGGCCUGGCAUGGGUAAAAUGGAUCUUGCGAACGAAGAGAUGAAGCGUACCCGCAAUCAAAGGAAGCCCAAAUCAGUCAUUGAGAAAAUGAGGAGAACUUCCGAAGGCAUCGCGCCCAAUCAAGUUGUCAUGAGUGCCGAGUUCGAGGUUGAAAGGGUGAAAGGAGUCUACGACGAUAGCUCAUCUCCCGUCCCUGGCCAGGAAGAAUCUACGCCGCCACGCAAAGCUCCAAGAGCGAAGCGCAGAAAACCGGAACCGCUCGCCGAGAUCUCCUCAAACAUCCCAAGGCAGCGUAGGCCCAGCACGCGUGGCAACAAAACACAAGCCGCAAAGAAAACUGGAGGAAAGCUGAAGAUAACUCGUCAAGAAAGCCCGUCAAUUUCACUUCCACCUGCCCCUGCGAGGCUCAACCACGAUGUGUUCCGCGAUGACGAUGGAAGUUCGAACUCUUUUGACAGUCGCCGAUUUGGAAAUCCCCCUCAAAAUGACCAAGGGUAUGGCUAUUCACGUCGAUGUGGUCAAACCCACGCUGAUCUCUCGUUGAACAGAUUUGACCUACAUGACCGACUUGGGAUGCCCCCACUGAAUCCCAUUUCCCAAUCGAACCUCGUGUCUCCGACUCCAUCUUCUCGAGAUUUGUCUUCGAGAAUGUUUGGCGCAAGGGAUGUGUCUCGUGGACGAGUACAUGCCCAACCAUACUUGGGCACCUUCAACCACAUCGAGGCAUCAUAUGCCAUGAAAGAUGCUACCAUCUAUAAUGCCUCAUCGAGACUUCCCUUUACUACGUCCUCCCAAUUCAACGGGUUCAAUCAAGAACCUUUCGGAUUAUCAUCUAAUGGUCCCCUCCAAGCCAAACAAGAGGACUACCCUCAUUCAAGUGCCGGGGGCUCGGUGCAUAGAACUAGUGGAAGCCACUUUCUCAAUGUUUCUGGUACAAACCCCCUUCUUUCCCACGACCGGUUGUUUCUCAGCCCCUACACCCAAGCAGGGGCGAACCAGUCCCUCCGUUCUCUCGCAUUUACACCAAUUAAUCGACCAACAGAGCAUCUGCACAUUGCUCGUGACAUCACUCUUACAUCGUCCAAUGGCGGUAACCCCAAGUCUGAAACACAACCUUGUGAGGCUUUGGGUAGCGGCGACUUUUGCGAUGGAAAAGACAUGACCUUGCAAGGAGCAUGGGGGUUACAAGCCCCAAGCAGCGAAAUUGGCAUCCAGAUCAAUCUGAACCCGGAAGACCUGCGCAUCUGA